AUGACCAGACCUUCAGCCAAGCAUGGUUUGCUUUGGACCAGACUGGCUCGGGAGGCCAGCAGCGCUCCCACAGCACUAGCUGUGCUCGGAAGUGCAGUGCAUCCGGCCGCGGGCGACAGUACAGUGUGAGUGCGCGUUGUGGUGCAGAGGACGGCUGGGUGAGGUCGAGGCAGUCUGAGACAAUCGGUCUGUGUCUGUGUGUCUGUGUGUCUGUCUGUCUGUCUGUGAGUGCCUGUAGGCCGAACUCGAUGAAUGACGGUGGCGUGCUUAAGCGUGAGAUGGGCAUGGACGCCUUCUUCGGUCGGCUGCUGAGUGACGUCCUCACUCCCACAGCCCACCGGCUGCACCUGCUGCCGCCAGACGCCACGCUCGACUCCCACAAGACAUUUACCGUCGUCUAUCAGCACCCAAUGGUUGGUAUGUGUUUGUGUGCGUGUGUAUGCCCAUCUGUCUGUCUCUCUACUUACUGUGGAUAUAUGUCCGGUUUGGCUCACACCGUGUGUGUGCCUGUGUCAUCUGUGUCAUUCAGGGCGACGUUGACCUGGCGCCCCGCUUCGACAACGCAGUGAGUGAGUGGGGAGGAAGAGAGACGGUCACCAUUCAUUGAAUGCAUUGCUAUGCUAUGGGAUGCCAUUCGCCGGAUGGUUUGGUUGUUGUCCGCUCUCUCUGUUUGCCGCCAGGAGGUGACACUCAACGUCAACAUUGCCGGCGAGUUCACAGGGGGCGACUUGACCUUUCUCGGGCCUGACGAGGCGCUCGUGCCUGUGGGGCCAUCUGAGAGAGAGGGCGACAGGCGCGCUGUGACGGUGGCACAGCGGCCGGGCAUUGGGGUCGUCCACUCGGGAUACGAGCGGCACCAGGCGAGUUGGGACGCCCCUCUCCCAGCCGUGCUGUGUGUACUGUGUGUGUCUGGAUGGAUGGAUUGAUGGUCAGGCUCAGAA